UACUUCCGUUUAAAUAGUGAGGUCUUUUCUUGCUUUUUUCAUUUUGAUUUUUAAAAAAGAUGCCUCGCAGUAGAUCACCAUUUUAUGAAAGAAAACAACGAUAUCAACACCGUCAUUCUCGAUCGAACAGUCCGGAGGAAUAUGUGGAGAGAAAGCACACGCACACAAAGAAGAAGAAACACGAACAUCGGAGUCCAGUGAGCAUGGGACACAGUCGAGAUCACCAACAUUCCAAGAGAAGACGGAGCAGUUCUAGUGAACGAGGUGCCAAAAGGAGUCAUCACGACAGACGGACAGACACUCAGAGACUUGAUCCUUAUCGGCGGAUUAAGCAAGAGCCCGUAGAUAAUUAUACCAGUCAGCAACAGGAACGAGAAAGAAACAACCGAAAGAGAGCACAGAACCGAAAACAUAGGGACAGGGAGAAUGAGGCGGAUGGGAAACACACUUGGGGACGUCCUGAUCAGUCAACGAGCAGUCAACCCGGCCAGCCUGUUGAUAAAGAAAAACCAGAUUUCGAAGUUUCUGGAAAAUUGACUGAAGACACGAACACGUACAAAGGUGUGGUUAUCAAGUACAAUGAACCACCUGAGGCAAGGAAGCCCAAAAAGAGGUGGCGUCUUUACGGGUUUAAGGAUGAUGAAGCACUGCCUGUUAUACAGAUUCAUCGACAGAGUGCCUACCUUUUAGGCAGAGAUCGCCGCGUUGCCGACAUUCCCAUAGACCACCCAUCUUGUUCAAAACAACAGGCAGCUUUACAAUUCAGACUUGUCGAGUUCAAGAGGGCAGAUGGGACAGCCGGUCGAAGGGUGCGACCAUAUGUUAUCGAUCUGAACUCUGCCAACGGGACAUUUGUGAACAAUAAGAAGAUUGAUCCUCAGAGAUACGUGGAACUGCUGGAAAAGGACGUGUUGAAGUUUGGUUUCAGUACUCGGGAGUAUGUCAUCUUGCACGAGGAUAUAGACACAUCUGAAGUACAGCGUGAUGAAGAUGAUGAUGAUGGUGAUGAUGAAAACAGAACUUAAGAGAGUCUUUCUUUUUUUUGUCAUUGUAUUAGUGUUAUGGACUUGUCAUUGUUUCCAUUACAAAUCAAAACACACAACGUUUUUGUGAAGUAUUAAGACUUUGUAAUGAAUUACAGAACUUGUGUAUUCAUUGUGUUUGAAUGUUAGUAAUAAUGUAAUUUUUCAGAUUCAGGGAUGAAUACUGAAAGUGAGUAGUGAUAGUAUAUCAACGUUAGAUCUGAUGCUGAUAUUUCACUGAUGAACAUUGUGGGUUGCACAAGAGGUGGGGAGUAGUUAAUCAUCAAACAACUAUUCUGCAAUCAUCUUCAUACAAAUAGUAUUUUUGAUAGAGUUAUUUGGAAAAGGCCUAGGGCUCACCCUGUAUAUUGCCAAAUUAGUCAAUUGCUAAAAAAAUUUUUUAUACAAAAUGGCUACAAAAUUUAGACUGGCUAAUAAAAUAUUCCUCAAAUUAACCACAUUUUAAUGCUUUUCAAGAAAAUACUUUACAUUUCUGAAAAUUGGUUCCAGUGUGAGCCCUGAAGGUCCCCUUCUUGCUUCCAUUAAACUACUGAGGAGUGGGGGGGUGGGGGGUGGGGGGGGGGGUUGAAGUCUAUUGACCCUUUCAACUCCAUGAACCACUUCGAGCAGUCUCAAUAGAGUGAACAGUUCACUGAAAUUAACCUAGGUAAACUACUGAGGAGUGGGGGGGGGGGGGGGGGGGGGAAAGUAUAUUGACCCUUUCAACUCCAUGAACCACUUCGAGCAGUCUCAGUAUUAUAGAGUGAAUAGUUCACUGAAAUUAACUUAGGUCACCCAUUCCAAGAAGUUGUUUUUUAAGUUUGUUUAAUGUCUUGUUUUGGGGAAUAUGACCCUAUACCCCUAAAAAUUUCACUUGCCAGUUUAGACUGACCCUGUUCUAUGUUCCUGCACACAUGCCUGAAUCAAGUUGCUUCCUGGUUUUGAGUUUUUCCAUACAAGUAAUAUUUCCAUAUGAGUCUGAUUAUCAGAGAUCAUAUCAUAUAUAUUUCUUUAUCAGUGGAUAUUAAUUAAACAUGUUUAGUAUUGGUUCUGUAUUUAAAUUUAUAUUUUAAAAUAAUAAUAAUAAAAAAACUUUUUUUGUCAAGUGAAAGAUAUGUAGAAUAUAGUUGGAUCUUGUUACAACUAUAACAUUCAUCCUUGGGUCACUUUGUUCUAUCAAAUUUGUUGUAGCGAAUUUGUUGAGUUAUAUCCCUUGCCAUAGUCAUGUAAAGAAAAGUGUAAUAGAAGACUGAAUAGCAUUUAAAUAAUUAAUGCAUGACAAUUAUUAUUAAAAACAAGAAAUACGUAAAUUUGUAUUCAAUAAAAUAUGUUUAAAAAAAUAAUUAUUUAAUUAUUGAGAGGCCUACAUCCAGGUGCAUUCACUAUCGGUCAUUCAGAGAUCAGACAUCUGUGUUCUAUAGGCCUACAUCCAGGUGCAUUCACUAUCAAUCAUUCAGAGAUCAGACGUCUGUGUUCUAUAGGCCUACAUCCAGGUACAUUCACUAUCGAUCAUUCAGAGAUCAGACAUCUGUGUUCUAUAGGCCUACAUCCAGGUGCAUUCACUAUCGAUCAUUCAGAGAUCAGACAUCUGUGUUCUAUAGGCCUACAUCCAGGUGCAUUCACUAUCAAUCAUUCAGAGAUCAGACGUCUGUGUUCUAUAGGCCUACAUCCAGGUACAUUCACUAUCGAUCAUUCAGAGAUCAGACAUCUGUGUUCUAUAGGCCUACAUCCAGGUGCAUUCACUAUCGAUCAUUCAGAGAUCGGACAUCUGUGUUCUGGACAUUUACAUGUUUUGAAAUAGCGGUCUGCUAAGUCGCAGAUCAUUUUUCAAGAGACGGAUGUAUCUACGAUUAUCUCAUCUUCUAUUUAGCUGAGGCUGAGCUCGUGAUUCUGUGAUAUUUUAAUUUUAUAAUGCUCUAAAAUCUAAGAGGUCCUAAUUUUCCAACCCUCCACUCAUUCAGUGUCGUCUUAUUUCCGGCAGAUCAUACAAUAAUUUUUUUUUUUUUUUUUUUUUUGGUCAGCUAUUUAAAAAGAGAUAACAGCAGGCCUAUUUUACUUCCCAUUUUGAGCCCUGUAUUUACAAAUCACCAUACAAACAGAAGACUUCGGUAACUCGGAUAUCAUGUUACACUUUUGGCUCAUGUUUAGGUCAAGGAUGUGUGUGUGUGUGUGUGUGUGUGUACUGCUAACUUUGGUUGACAAUUAUCAACAUUUUCAUGAACAUACACACUCCUUUGCCUUUAAAGCACACAUACUGUAUAAAAAAAAAACAUCAAGGUAUAUUUUUAUAAUUUUUUUUAAUGUUAUAUAUGUAUGGGUUUGAGGGUGUUUUUUGUGUGUGUAUGCUGGCAUUACACUCCAGCCCUUGUGUACAAUGUGUACAUUCAUAAAUUUUUUAUAAUUAAGAACGUUAUAUUAGUUGAUUGACAUGAUUGUAAAAAUGAUAUAUAAACUUACAAAGCAAGAAGAUAUAGGAUAUUUUGGCAUUUUUGUUUAUUGUUGGGCUAUAACUGAAGCAAGGGAAGUUUGUCAAUAAAGUAUACAUGUAUAUAAACAUUUGUAGCAAGAGAAGUUUGUCAAUAAAGUAUACAUGUAUGUAAACAUUUGUAGCAAGGGAAGUUUGUCAAUAAAGUAUACAUGUAUAUAAACAUUUGUAGCAAGGGAAAUUUGUCAGUAAAGUAUACAUGUAUGUAAACAUUUGUAAGCCAAAAAUUU